GGUUAUCUGCAGAUUUUUAUGGCAGGCGGCGCUGUUAACCCCACUUCUCUGCCAUUUUGCUGGUUGAGCCUCAAAAAUCAAUAAUAAUGGCAGACGCUCCACCAUCGCGUGGCGGGUUUGGAUCCCGUGGAAGUGGUCGCGGAGGACGUGGGGGACGCGGCAGGGGCAGAGGACGUGGACGAGGUCGUGGCAAGGAGGAUCAAAAGGAGUGGAUUCCAGUGACGAAACUGGGACGCUUGGUGCGCGAUGGAAAGAUCCGGACGCUAGAAGAGAUCUAUCUGUAUUCGUUGCCCAUUAAAGAGUUUGAGAUCAUUGACUUCUUCCUGGGCCCAUCUCUGCGUGAUGAAGUGCUGAAGAUCAUGCCCGUGCAGAAGCAGACACGUGCUGGUCAGAGAACACGCUUCAAGGCUUUUGUGGCUAUUGGUGAUCACAAUGGACACAUUGGGCUAGGUGUAAAGUGCAGCAAAGAAGUGGCUACAGCCAUCCGUGGAGCUAUUAUCCUGGCCAAAUUGUCCGUGGUGCCUGUCCGGAGGGGAUACUGGGGCAACAAAAUCGGAAAGCCACACACCGUGCCCUGCAAGGUCACCGGAAAGUGCGGAUCUGUGUCUGUACGCCUGAUUCCUGCUCCACGUGGAACUGGCAUUGUGUCAGCUCCGGUUCCCAAGAAGCUCCUCAUGAUGGCCGGAAUUGAGGACUGCUACACUUCUGCUCGAGGAUCCACUGGAACUCUGGGCAAUUUCGCAAAAGCAACGUACGCCGCCAUCGCAAAGACGUACGCCUAUCUGACACCGGAUCUGUGGAAGGAGAUGCAGCUGGGCAAGACACCUUACCAGGAGUACGCCAACUUCCUCGCUGAAACCAACAAAGGCAUCUCCGGAAGGCAGAUUGAAGUGUAAACAUUCGCAGUGUAAGAGAGAGAGAGCGAGGAAAUAAAGGGAGAAGAAUAAGAUGUUCA